AUGGACCCUUGUGAUAUGAUCAAUGACCUCAAGAACUUCGUGAUGAACUACAACAUGCAGAACAUGAACAAGGAGUUACCUGAACUCUUCUCCAUGCUAAAAUCUGCUGAGAUUGAGAUACAGAAAGAGCACCAAGUGUUGAUGGUCAACAAGACCACCAGUUUCAAGAAGCAAGGCAAACCUAAGAAGGACAACGCCAAGAAGGGCGGCAAGAAAGUUGCCGCACCUCCUGAGAAGCCUAAGGGUGGCCCUAAACCUGAUACUGAGUGCUAUUACUGCAAUGGGAAGGGGCACUGGAAGCGUAAUUGCCCCAAGUACUUGGCUGAUCUGAAGAGCGGCCUUGUCAAGAAGAAGAAAGGUAUAUUUGAUGUACAUGUUAUAGAUGUCUAUCUUACUGGUUCUCGUACUAGUGCCUGGGUAUUUGAUACUGGUUCGGUUGCUCACAUUUGUAACUCGAAACAGGAACUACGGAAUAAA